AUGUAUACGAGUAUUGAUUUAGCAAGGAAGCUGUUGGAAAAUGAAACACACCUAGUGGGUACUAUUAGAAAAAAUAGAAGGAAUAUACCAAAACAGGUUGCUAAUGCUAAACUGAAGACAGGGCCGUGGGGGUCACGUCAAAUACAUAUUAGCUUCAUAUCUGUGCCCGACGGCCCAAUAGAGACGUUUAAAAUCGCCUCUGACUCGCGGUCAUGUGUUGUCCACCGCGGCCCCAACGGAACAAUGCCAAAAUAUAAACGAAUAAAAGAGACGAAGUAUUCAUUAGCUGAUCUAAUAGAAGCUGUCGAAAACGUACGACAAAAAAAAAUUAAUAGCUACCAAGCCUCUGUAAAAUACGGAAUACCAAGGUCAACCAUUAUUCACCGUUUAUACGGGACACGCGGUGCCAAACAGCCAACACCUGGCAGACCUACUGAAUUGUCAAAAGAGUGGGAAACUAAAGUAGCUUCUAAUCUCCAUAUGAUGGAAAAAUGCGGGUAUCCAUUAACCUCAAAGGAAGUAAAAAUAUUGAUAUCUGAUUAUAUUCGAAGGAACGGAAUCGUUACGAGAUUUAAAGAUAACUAUCCCGGGAAGGAAUGGUUUAGAGGAUUUAAAAAACGAAACAAAUUAAGUUUGAAAAAGCCGCAGUCUGUAGAAAUAGCUCGAAAAAAAGCAUGUGAUCCUUUCAUAGUUAACGAUUAUUUCGAUAUGUUACAACGAACAAUACAAGAGUGUGGUUUAGCCGACAAACCGCAAUGUAUAUAUAAUUUGGAUGAAACCAGCUUUUGUAGUGACCCCAACAAAACUAAAGUUGUGGGUCUGAUGGGGUUUCCCUCUACUAGAACGACAGGCUCUCCUGGGAGGAAUAACACCACUGUGCUCUUAGCUACGAAUGCACUUGGCAAAAAGAUCCCACCCUUAAUAAUAUUUCAAGGGAAACAUCUGUGGAGCGAGUGGCUGUUCAAAAAUGAUAACAUUCAUACAGCUUACGCUGUCAGUAAAAAAGGGUGGAUGGAGACCACCAUUUUCGAACAAUACAUCAAAGCCGUUUUUUUGCCAGCUAUCGGACCAGAACGACCAGUCUUAUUGGUCUAUGACGGUCAUAAGACACAUAUAGAUUUGAAUGUCAUAGACCUUCUAGUUGCCGAAAACAUUACGGUUCUUAAACUGCCGGCUCACUCAUCCCACAUACUGCAGCCAUUAGACUGUAGUACAAUGAAACCUAUGAAAGACAAAUGGGACAGCGAACUUGUGAAAUGGCAAAGACUCCAUGUGGGAGCAAAACUCCCAAAACAAGAAUUUGCCAGAAUCAUAACUAAUAUAUGGGAUGAUUUAAAUCCUGCUAUCAUUCAAAAUGGCUUCAGGAAAGCGGGCAUAUGCCCUUUAAACAAAGAUGCAAUCCCAAAAGGAAAAUUCGACAGUCUGGCAUGGUCAAGAUGGGAAGAACAACAGCAGCAAAAAAACAAGCUUCAUAAUGAUACUGACCACAAUGGUGAAGAAAAUGUUGAAGGAAGUCACACCAAGAAAGAUAACGGUCAGAAAGAACAUAAAGUACCAACACUAAUAAGUGUAUGCCUUAAAACAAUUAACAGUGAGAUACAACGAUUGCCAGACGAAAUUGAUAAGGCUAUUGCAAACAUUACACGGGAUAUGAAGAAAAAGCUACCGACAGAAAAUGGUACAAAGGCUGAUAUGAACACGUACUCAGGUACUCGGGUUACGUUUCAAAAGUGGGAGACUGUAAAGGACCCUAAAACUUUCAUACUUUCACGUCCUAAUAAUGCCAAUACCAAUGCCAACAAUUAUUCUUGUAAAGUAAAAAUAUUGGAUAAUGUAGUAGUCAGCUCAACAAUAAAUAAAAGCAAAGAAGAAGAACGAGUUUCAUUCGAAGAGCUACUAUUAAAAACUAUUUCACGUAACGACAUACCUAAAACUUCAAAGAAACGGAUAAGUCAAGGAAGUGAAAUACUAACUUACAAAGAUGCACUUCAUCGUCUGAAAAAUGAGAAAGAAAAAAAGGAAAAAGCAGAAGAAACUAAACGGCUAAAAAAACUGGAAAGAGCAAGUUAUAAUGAGAACAAAAAACCACUGAUAAAUAAGCCCAAAGCAAAGAAAAAUAAAAGGAAAAAGACCUUAGACUCAGACAGUGAGAGUGAUUGUUCAUAUACUUCAAUGAAUUCUUCAGAAGAUGAAGAACCUGAAGUUUUUUUUCAAAAUAUUUUGGAAGAAAGCAUUGAUGAAGAUUUGCAGGAGCCAUUACCAUUAUCUACUAGACAAGGACAAGAAGAAAAUAGACCUAAAAUAAAAAGUGAAAGAUUGAAUAAAGGGCAGAAAAAAACAUUAAGGCGGAAUGAAAAGGCGGGUAGUUUAUAUGAACAUUCUACUGUUUUGGAAGAAAGGUUUGACGAAGAUUUUGAUGAUCCGUUACCAUCUACUUCUAAAAGACAAAAACAAAAGACACCUAAAAUAAAAAGCGAAAGAGUGAAGGAAAGAAAGAAUUACGCUGCCAAGAAGAAAAUAUUUACACAAAAAGAAAAUAAAAUGCCACAGCCACAAGCAUCUGAGGUAAAAAAAAAAGAUCUCGACGUGGGUGACUUCAUUUUGGCUCGAUUUUGGUCGACUAAAGGCAAAAGGACGUAUAAAUACGUUUGUCUUAUUGAGGAUAUUAACCAAGAAAAAAUUGUGGUCAAAGGACUCAAAUCUAAAAAAGAUAAUAGAGAAUUUAAGUUCGUUGAAAACGACAUUUCCAUAAUUGAUAUAGAGGAUGUGAUUUCAUAUUUGCCCAACGCCGUGUUAAAUAAACAAAAAGAUACAGUCAUAUUUCCUUUUAAAGUAGAGGUAUUUGAAUGUAAAUGA